GAACGUUUUCUUGUUCUUCUGAUAGCUUUCGAAUUUUGUCCGACACUGCUAAUAAUACUUUUCCCGACAACUUCCGAAUAUUUUCUUGAGUCAUCGACACACGCCCACAUAGACAUAAACUUUGGUUACAAAAUGACAUAUGUUCAUGUAGGCAAGACGCCUGUUCCGCGAUGCAUCGUACCAAGUUUCUCCGAUGAAGUCUUUUAUCCUGGAAGCGCCCCUGCUGGUGUCACUCCACAGUACUUCACAACAUUAAAUGUUUAUCAACAAUGGCUGCAAAUUUUCGGCCCAUAUGUUCCUCUUCCUGAAGAUGAGCGAAAUCUUCCAGGAUAUCCUCAAAGUAAACUGUACACGAUAACUGGUGAAGAGGGUCCUCGAUAUCGUUACUGUAGCAAGGAAAGAGUUUGGAAGCUCAGGUCUUUGUUCCCCAUAAGCAAGGGCAGAUUUCUAGCUUCAUGCUCUCGUUGCAAAGAUGUUACGUUUAGAAGCACAGGUAAACGACGGGGAGGUGCACCAGGAGAACCGCGCGAAAACUUGUUCCAGGAAUUUCAACCAAAUCAGGAUGUGGCAGCGCCGUUUUCGCAACCAAGUAUGCCCAUGGUCAACACACACCAGCGAGGAUAUAGUGUGGCCAAUUUGCCUAUGACGCCGAUGACUAAUCCAUACACUGGCGAGCCUGUACCAGAAUAUGCUAUACCUGCACCAAGAUUAUUUACACCGGCUCUAGAACCGCCUAAGAAGACCAUCUCAAGGGCUGAAGAACUCAUAGAACUGCAGCCCGAGGCAGAAAGGCUUCAAUCCCGUCUUAUUGGGCAUGAAAGGAUCAAGAAAUUAUGCGAAGCAAAUCUAGAGAAAUUGACAAACACGAUGGCUCGUGCCGGGGAAGGUGGGGAGGAUGGCAGAGAAAAGAAGAUAGCCGCAGUAGCGAGGCUCCAAAACCGCAUAUCUAGAGAGGACGGUAUACUCAAUGAAACCCGAAGGAAGCUGGAUGAGACGAGUUUCGCAAUUGAUCUCUUAGCGGAAAUAAAUAACGACGAUGAUGGCUGCCAAAAUAACGAUCAAGACACGGUUCUUCCCAGUAUUGAGGAGGAAUGGAGUGCCGCACCAUUUGCUAUCCCUGAACACUUUGGCAAUGCAAGCGAAGCAGUCGUUGAGUUUGCUGGUCGAAGCAACGAUCUAUUACCCUUUUCACCAAAGCCGCGUGGCCGUCCUCCACUUGAUGAAGAUGGUGAUGUACCCAGCAAUAACGACCCGUUUAUGCAAAAUCCUAAAUUGAAUAGCGGAUUGGACAAUGCAUUCGAAAGAGAGUCUGGAGAUAGAACGAAAGGUGUCAAAACAGACUCGGCACUCCGCACCCUUUCCAGGAUAAGCGCAGGUGUUCUCCGCGGUGAUUCGCACAUGCUUCUUCGAGAUCAAUACAUCAUUGAUUCACACUCUCAACAGUUCUCACAUCAUCAAACUCAGAAUCCUCAACUUCAAGAGGGGGUCGAUGUCAACCAAUUCCGAGCACUGUCCGUCUCCCAAGAGGCCCAAGAUCAACAUGCUCAAUAUCACCAAGCUCAGUCUCGACAACUUCCUCCUCGCCAACGAUUUCAAUUCCCUGCUCGCAUCCCGUCUACAUUCAAAGAUUUUAGUCCGCACUUGCCAUGCCAAGCUUCAGGUCACAAUUCGAGUUAUUUUCAAACCCAGAAAGCUACGAAUGAUUCCGCACAACGCCACCCGUUAACCACGCACACUCCUGACUUAAAUCUAUACCUCUCCGAAAAUCGCAAUCUUACCACAGCUUUUGAGUUCGGACAGCCUACACCCGAAGGUUCCGGGCAUCAUGGUAUUAAAAUACAGGAAGAUUCUGGGAGAUAUCAAACUUUAGCCCCAAAGAUGACGCGAGAAACUGCUCAACAAGCACGACAACAACAGGCACAACAACAAAAAAUACGACAACAUCAAAUGCAACAAUUCCAACCAGGUGAUCAGACGAAGCUAGCUCAGUUAGCGCAAAAUGAAAAGCAUGUUUACGAUCAAGAAGCUUACGAUGAACUCACUCAAAAUAAACCAGUACAACCGAUUAAGCUGGCCCAACCAACGAAACAAGCUUGCUACCAAAUGGCUCAGAAUGGUCGGACCCAAGAACAACUUGCUUUGAAUGCAAGAGACGUUUAUGACCAACUAGCUUACCAGGAACGAGCUCAACAAAACGAACCGGCCCACAAGUCGGAUCUAGCUCACUAUCAAUUGAGUCAAGGUCAACUCGCUCAGAAUACAGGAAACUUCUACGACCAACAAGUUCUCGAGCAACAGUAUCAAGACCAACUAGCCCAAAAGGCACGAGAUGCAAGAGACGUCUACGAUCAACGAGCUUAUGAGGAACUAACUCAACAAAAUGAACCGACCCACAAGCCGUAUCUAGCUCACUAUCAAUCGAAUCAAGGUCAACUUACUCAAAGUACAAGAAAUUUUUACGACCAAGAAGCUCGCGAGCAACAGUAUCAAGACCAGCUAGCUCAAAAAACAAGAGAUGCAAGAGACAUCUACGACCAACGAGUUUACGAGCAACAGUAUCGAGACCAGCUAGCUCAAAAAGCAAGAGAUGCAAGAGACAUCUACGACCAGCGAGCUUACGAGGUACGAGCUGACAAGGAACGAGCUCAACAGAACCAAUUAACCGAAUACAUUCAUCACGCUCACGAUCAACUCUCCCAGCUAUCCCAGCAAACCCAGCUCGCUCGACAUGAAUUCCAAGAAUUACAAGCCCAGAAAUCACAAUACCAAGCAAGAUACCAAAGUCAACCCUUUCAUUCCCUCUCAACCUUCCAAUUCCCCCGAGCCCACGAAUCAUUCCAGCCAAGCCAGCCCGUCCAGUUCCCAAAGCGACGCGCUGAAGAAUCUUCAGAAUUGCUUUCCCAAUCUGAAGAUUCUAUCCGACGAUCCAAGAGAGUUAGAUACCUAGAAGAGAGAGAUACAGAGAUGUUGGAACAGCAAGACACGCGUGUGGAGCGGGUGCAGCGACGAGAGGAGGUGUUAGAAUUGCAACAGGUAGAGAAGACCACUCAUCUUUCGCUUGAGGUGCGGAGAUUAGAUAAGGGAUGAGAGGUUGUGAUUUAUGGGGUGGAGCGCUGGAGGGAUGGUAUGAGCGGAGAUGUGACGGUGAGGAUAUCGGCUAUGGAGUCUCGAGAAAUGGGUGAUGAGUAUGUAGGUUAUUUAUUGAGUUUUGUAUUGUUUGGACGGAGUGAGUGUUUAUGGCGGUUCUCUUUUCGUUCUGAGAACGGAAGUGUGGGGAAAUUAAGAUCCCUCUCGAGAUGAUGGUAGUGGAAGGUGUGAUGCGAUAUGAUGAAAGACGCGAUGAAUGAUACGACGGACGAUACGUUUGUAGAUAUGCUGAACGACAAGAUAUGAUAUGAAAACAUAUCGAAUGGAAACCCUGUAAUCAGAAUACUUGUUCUA